UUUCCUUCCAAGACUACAUCAAUUGAUUGCCCGAGUCUAGAAGCAAUUGUACUUUCAAGUACUUUAUCUACUCGGCGUCUUGGCCGAGCCCUCGUGACGGGGCCAACUUUCGGUCGGGUCUUCUCCGCAGUUUUCUCCUCCACCACCUCACCACUUCCGGAGAGCUGCUUUCUCUCUAUCCUCCCAUAUCCUCCCACCCUCUUCCACCUCUCCUCCUCCUCCUCCCCGUCUCCCUUUAGUCAUUCUCACCACGCCAAAAUGGGCCUCAUCAGCCGCGUCCUCAAGGUGACUGCCGCCGGCACCGUCGCCUCGGUCGGUAUCUUCUUCGGAGCCACGCGCAAUGACGUCUUUGAGCCCAUGGACGCCAACGAUCCCAUUUUCUCCUCGCCGUUCUUCCAAAAAUUCAACCCUGAGCGCAACCCGACGCUACACGACCUCUGCGUUCGUCGUGUCCCAUUGGACAAGAUCAAUCCCUCGUUACUGGAGAAGAAGGGAAAGCUGGUCGAGGCUUUCUGCGCGGGUGUCUGGGGUGGCAUGGGAUACAUUCCCCAGCGCGCAAUCCUAGCCAACAAGUACAAGGGCCCCGAGACCGCCCAUAAUCUUUGGGAGCGCAAGGACCUCCUCGCAAGCAACUACGAGGUCGGCACCAUCAUUACUGACCACUUCGAGGUGGUCGAAAAGACUGAUGAGAAGAUUGUCGUCCGCUGUGGUGCCUCCCCUCGCGAGCAAGGCGUCCGCCCCUCCGACGGUCUGUUUGAGAUGGGCGCGGUGGUGGACCAGGACAAGGGAGAGGCUGUGUUCACCCUCAAGAGCUGCUUCUACCAGGGCCUAGGCAAGGCCGAGGGAGCUCCCAUGGGUCCCGUCGUGGUGUGGUUGCACCAACAGUACACCAAGCUGUGGAUGGAGACUGCUAUCCUGAAGAAUUGCGUUCGGUAGGGAAAUUCAGGAUUGACUGCACGUCUUGUUCGGGAUAAUCCGUGUAUAUACGCUUCUCUUAAUGGUCUACGAACAAACGAGCAUGCCCCCUGGAGAGGGCGCAACUGAAGGACAUAUCAAGUCUUGUCCAUACAAAGGUGAUUGUGUGCAUUCCAGACUAGCAAGGUCAUUGCGGAUUCUCUCAUGCCUUACCUUCCAGCUGAGAUUUGUCUUUGAAGUCAGCUGUAUCCCUGCCUUCGAUAGCCACCGAAUCUAGGUCACUGGUGAGAGUGACUGCAAGGACCGCCGGAAUGGCAAUGACGAGCGAGCCCAUACAUAGACCCCAGUCCAUCGCAAAUUGCGUCAUGGCGGGCUUCUUCAAGGCAUUGAUGCGCCAGGCCAUGGCACCGCCAGUCGCCUGGAAUGUUUUGUACGCGCCCACCGUGAUUGCAGCCUCGGCGGGGGAGUUGGAACGGGCACCCAUGAGCCAGUAGCAGAAAGAUUGCCAGAAGGCAUCGUAGGCACCGUAGAAGAUGUAGAGGAAGAUCGGACCGACGGAAAUACUCCCUUGAUUGUAAUCAAUGUCCUGCUUGAAGCCCGCGGCGAUUCGACGAUCCGACCAUCUCUGGAAAGCAUAUCCACCUCCCCAGAUGGCCAUGCCCGUCACAAACAGGAAAGCCCAGCCAAUACGAGCCCGCAUAGGCCGAUUGAAGCCUGGCAUGUCCAGGACGAGACCCAUGAUCAACCCACCCAGCAUCUGCGCAAUCCAGUAGAGCGCACCGUUGAGCGAGCGUGUCCGAAUGUUGAAAGUCAUACCGUUGACCACAUUCUGCUGGUAAGAGUAGAAGACAUUGGCCGAAAAGAACAACGGCAGCAUGCACAGCACACGCCAGUCGGUCAUCGUACGAAGUGCCUGUCGUGCCGUCUGACGCCAGUUCUUCUCAGAUUGCGGUGUGGCUUGCAGUUGGGAGACACGCACGCUCGUCGGUGGGCAGAUGAAGACACCCAACAGCCAUCCAAUGGCCAUGAUGAUGAGUAGAGCGAUAUAAGUCCCGUCCGAAACAGUGCCACUCUUCGAAUGAUAAUUGAGGCCGAAGCUCGCGAGUGAGCCCACACCACCACCAAGGUUGAAGAUGACCCAGAACGCGGCAAUGGCUCGUCCUUUGUGCGAUUCCUUCACAUACGUGGUCAUGAUAGCGCCCUGUGUAACCCACAGGAACGAGGCCCCCACACCAAGAAUCGCGCCGGAGGCGAUCACAAAGGCAC